UUUUAUUUCAGAUAAAAUCAUGUUGUCGGAUACAAUUCUAAUCCUUGUUAUAUCUAUAUGUACUGCUCUACUAGGCGAGGGAGUAACCUGGGCCCUGGUCUACAGAACAGAAAAGUAUCAGAAGCUCAAGCUCGAGAUAGAGAAGCAGAGCAAGAAGCUGGAGAAGAAGAAGGAGGCAGUUGGGGAGACGGUGUCUCUGGACAGAAGCAAGAAGAAGAAGCUGGAGCAGGACGAGGAGAAGCUGAAGAACACCAACAGGGAUAUGACCUUAGUCAAGAUGAAAUCAAUGUUUGCAAUCGGUUUUGCAUUCACUGCUCUUCUAUCUAUGUUCAACUCAAUAUUUGAUGGGCGAGUUGUUGCAAAACUACCCUUCACACCAAUCUACUGGAUCCAGGGAAUCAGCCACAGAUACCUACCUGGGGAUGAUCUAACAGAUUGUAGUUUUAUCUUCCUCUACAUACUCUGCACUAUGUCCAUCAGGUAUAUACACAGCUAGCUGAAGAGCCCGGCG